AAGUUGUAGUAGCAACACAGGCAACAACAGUAACGGCAAUGCAAGCACCCUAGUGGCAAUGUAGACAACCCAGUGGCAAUGAAGCACCGACGACAACACAAAACCAACGACAACGAUGAUCAAUCUGGAGAUGGAGAUGUUAUUAUUGUAUCCGCCAUCGCCAGAGGAGAUAAAGAGUACUGGAGUUUAGGUGGAGCUGGAAGAUGGAUCAAUAGAGGUAGGUAUUCAUUGUGGAUCUUUUAGAGAGAUAUGCGGCCAAGGGGCGGAGUGUUGUUGCUUGUAUGACAGGUGGAAACGAUGUAAUUGUGUUGGGAACAAACAAAGGGUGGGUUAUCAAAUAUGAUUUUGGGGUUGGAGAUUCAAAUGAUUGAAAGGUUUAGUUGUGAAUGCUGUUGCUUGGAAUAAACAACAGAUAACAAAAGCAUCUACAAGGGAAGUUAUUCUUGGGACAGAAAAUGGCUAACUCUAUGAGUUGGUUGUGGAUGAGAAGGACAAGAAGGAAAAAUAAAUUAAGCCUUUAUUUGAAUUAACAGAAUUUCCAAAAGCUAUCAUGAGUUGCAGCUAGUUGGUCUAUCAACCUUUUUAUCCCUGGUAGAGAGAAGUUGAAUUCUAGAUUUCAUGUAUUGAUUUACAACUCAUUGUUAACAUGUUUCUUUAUUUUUCUCAUCUUUUUAAAUCAUAGGUUUAUAGCUCAUGGGACAGUUAGGAAAGCUAGCAUUCACAUAAACUUUCUGUUCUUCUAUAUUACUGAAACUAAAUUUCUGCGUAGAUGGAAAUAGCUAGUUUAAUGAAUGGUACGAGAUAUUAUGUGAUGGCUAUUACUCCUACAAGACUGUAUUGUUUCACUAGAAUUGGAUCAUUAGAGGCAAGUUAAGCUCACUUGAUACUCUUUGAGUUGAGGUCCAAGAGUGAUUGUCUGAAUGAAAUAUGACAUUGUAGGCCAUUCUGCAUUUUGCAAGCUAAAUUGUUACUUUUUUGUUGAUGUUUCUCUUUGUACUAUGCACGCACACGUAUGCAUGCACAUGUAUGCACAAACAUACAGCACAUGUAUGCACAAACAUACAGCACAUGUAUGCACAAACAUACAGCACAUGUUGUAAAGUUAACAUACUCUUCUUUGAGCAAUGAAAAGUUUUAUAUGUUUCAUUUUCUUGGUGAGCUGAUUAUAAUUUUCUCUAGUAAAACCACCCAUUUCUUUGUGGCAGUUGGAGGCUUCUCGUCUUUCAAGUUUAUAGACCAUAUCUUGUUUUCUUUAGUUCUUGAUGCAUUCUCUCUUUUAUCAAUUAGCUAAGCCUUUUCUUAGCAUUGAAGUACACCUUUUUUUCUCCUGACUAGAUAUUUUGUAUAAUAGAUAUCCAGUGGUGCCUACAUGGAUGUUGCCCUCUAAAAUGUUAUUUUGGUGACCACGCUCUUAGCAUUUUAAGUGUAGUAAAUUUCUUGUAAAAGCUUAUACAUUUAGCAUCAUAAGAUAAGAAAAAAGUUGCCCAUUUUCCUAGAUAUGUCUUAUACUAUGAGUUCUUCUAAUGACUUGAACAACCUUUUAUUUGCAUAGAGAAUUUUCUGAGUUAGAGUGCAGUAAUAAGUAAACUUUAUAUUCAUGUAUUUUUAUAUUUUCUUUCAUUUAUAGACUGUGUUUGCUAGUUACCUAGAACAUGCUGUGCAUUUCAUGGAACUUAUUGGUAUGUUAUUAGAAUCAAUCUUGUUCUUUUAUAUUUAGUACCUGUUAAAUCUUUUGAGCUUUCUUUUUGAGUAUUUAAUUUCUUUUACCAUUAUGGUUUUCUUUCAGUGAGCUACAUUUCUCUAUGAAGCAACGAAGAGUUGUUCAUUUUGCAUGGCUUUAUGGGGUAGGUAUUUACCAUGGUGGCCUAAAUUUUGGGGCAUGGCUUAGGUAGAGAAUCAAACCCUACACCUUUUCUUUUGUUAAUCAUCUGUUAGUGGUCAUGCAUUGUUACUAGUUUUUCUUCUUUGUUUCACUCUCAAUCUUUGAAUGUGUAUUCGUAUUUUCUUAUUUUCAUUGCUACUGACCUUUUUUAAGUCUUUUAUUUGAUGUAGUUCUUGUAUUGAUCUUUAAUUAUGAUUUUUUUAUUUAGAAUAUUUCUGUAUAGUUCUCCAAAUAGUGAUCAAAACUUUGUGGAGAACAAAGCUUUGUUGGACUAUUCAAAGUUGUCUAAUGGUGCAGAAGUGGUCAAACCUAGUUUCAUGGUAGUGUCUGAGUUUCACUUCCUGCUUCUUAUUGGGAAUAAGGUUAAGGCUUUUUAUAAUCAAGUCCAAGGAUUUAUGGAUAGGUUUGUUUUAUAGUCCACCUAGGGUUGCCUGCCUAUGCAUUUGUCAUGUUUUUUCUAGCUUCACAUCCGUUUAUUCUAUUCUUUAAAUGUUGUAAGGUUGUAAAUAGAAUUAGUGAGCAAAU